CUCGAUGCGACUCCAGAACAGAGCACACAGCGUUCCCCGCAACAGCUGCGAGCUACCUUGUUAUUCCUCCUCGUUACGGAAGUACUGAAGCCGGCAAAGGGGGGCCAGUAGAGAAACAGGAGAGGAGCAGGGCAAGUUAUAAACGGCCGCAUUGUCACACGGCGGUCCCGGACAACAUUACGGCACCGGUACAAGUCGAGGACAUCACCAGAACAUUAAAGGCUUCUCCGAUGUUCGUGCGGGAUUAUAAACACGACAGCGAGACGAGUAGAGGUGCCGAGUGGAUUUUAUUAAACAGGACUGUAGGAUUAUAGGAGUGCCAUGGCCACCAUGGACCAAAGUUUGCAUAUUCUGCAGAAAACGACCGACGUCUCGAGCGACAAGAUCGUUCAAGAUGUGCCGACGGGGCUCGCGCUGGACAUGAGCUUAAGUAUGGACAGACGAAACGAUUUCGCGGUUCAACCAAUGGUCGGACUUCCGGACAAAAUUCCCCUAGUUAAACCUUACUUUAAAAAGAAACACGGACAACGAAAACUUGACACCAAAUGUCUACACCGGGCUCUCGAAGACCCUAUUCUCCAGACCUUGCUGAGUACGGACGCUCUGGUCACAGGCGACGGAGUGUUUGUCCCCCACAGUCAAACGAGUCGGACCCCGGGAAACAUAUGCGCGGCGGCGGUGGUGAAACAAACAUGUAUCGGUCAGGUGUGUCUGAAGAAUUCGGGGGCUGGCGGUGCGGUGGCAGGGUUGUUAGCCCACGACACCGACGCGGAAAUGGCCGACACUACAGCGGAACUGGAAGAGACGGAGCGACGGAGAGUGGAGCGGCCAAAGCUCGCGGGACUAGCGAUUCAGAGGGUCGCGAUGGAUUCUAACUCUGACAACCACUGCUUUCAACUGAAGCCUUCCCUAGGUGCCGUGAGUCCAGCGGCCGGGGGGACUGUUGCAAUGACAACACCUACCCGGGUCACUCCCAUAGUAUCACCCCCACCUCCUCGCCAAGAUAGGGGCAUUAAAACCGGUGACCUCUUCGCCUCUGAAGCCUUGCGGGGGGCAAAUUGCCUCCCCAUCAAAGCGACCAGAGGCCCUCCUCCACUCACCCAGGCCUCUCAGUCUGACAAAGGAGUGAUAUUUCAGAAUAAAAGUGAGGAGGCCUCAUUGGACCUGGUCUUUGAGCUUCUAACUCAGCUUCAGUAUCAUACGCACCAGUCGGACGCGGUGUCCGUUUGUGUGGAUUUCCUGCAGGGUCUGUGUGUGUACGGCAGUGACUGUGCCCACCACCAUACUGUGUUGCCAUACCACUGGCAGAUCCACAGCAGCAGCAGUCACACCUGGCAGAGCAUAGCGGACGAGUCCCAGGAGCAGCUGGAGAGACUGUACUGCAACCCAGACAACGAACAAGUCAGGCUCAAAUUCAAGGGUCGAGUGUUCUCCCUGGACUUCGGGGCCUUGCUGGUGUGUGAUAUGGAGUUUGACCGUGUCCGGAGGCUGUCCACGCCCCCCAGCCCAGCGAAUACACCCCCAAGCCCCAGCCCCAACCCCGUCCCAAGCUGCCACACCGUGUGGAAGUACUACUGCAGAGACAACUUCGGCUGGAGGGAAUACUCAGAGCCGGUGGUGAGGUUGAUUGAGGAGGCAAGCGGCCGCGGGCUGAAGGAGGUGCGCUUCAUCACACUGCAGAACCAGUACAUCCUCAACAUCAAGGAGGGCUUCCAGCAGAACGCCGUGUUUGGCUUCCGCCGGCAGAUCAAGAAGCGCCCCAUGUACACGUCGUCGGUGAUGCUGUCGCCGCACCUGCAGACUCUAGGCGCCCUCUCCUCUUCUCCUCACCCCUCCUCUUCCGUGGCCGAGCAGCUCUCCAGCCCUCUCCCGCUCUCGCCCACCACUUGCAACCCCCCUACCCUCUUCCCCGAGACGUGGUUGCCCAUGGCGACCAGCCAGGACUUCCUGCAGGUGCCGGUCUCCCGCGAGGACCGGAGCUACCGCACGGUGUACAGCCUGUUCCACAAGACGGUGUCGGAGACCAAGUUCAGGAUCCUCAAGAUCCUGCGGGUGCAGAACCCCUUCCUGUGGGAGAAAUACAAGAGGAAGAAGGAGUACAUGUCCCGGCGGCUCUCGGAGAUGGACCGCAUGCUGAGCGAGCGCCACCUGUUCCACGGCACCUCGGCCGACGUGGUGGAGGGCAUCUGCAAGCACAACUUCGACCCGCGCGUCUGCGGCAAGCACGCCACCAUGUUCGGCCAGGGCUCCUACUUCGCCCGCAAGGCUGUCUAUUCCCACAACUUUUCCAAGCGCUCGCCCAAAGGGGUCCACUGCAUGUUCCUGGCCAAGGUCCUUACGGGCAGGUUCACGGUGGGUAACCCGUCCAUGCGGCGGCCCCCGCCCAUCAGCCCGCGGGACGCCUCCAGCGACCUGUACGACUCGUGCGUGGACAACUGGGUGGACCCCCAGAUCUACGUCAUCUUCAACGACGACCAGAGCUACCCCUACUUCAUCAUCCAGUACGAGGAGGUGCCCUGCACCGUGGCCGUGUGAGCGACGGGACCGGGGCCGGAACCAGCCCCCUCCCGUCCGCUCCCCGCCCCCGACGCCCACCCCAGCCCGGAGCCUGGGGGCCGGUUAGCAUUUGGAUACGCUGUGAAAAACGCAACAAAAAAAAACAGGAUACAAGACGAAACAAAAAGAAAACAAAUGGAUGCUUUAACCCGCCGUGGAACAGGGGGAUUCUGGGUAACGACGGGCUCUGGGGAAUGCUUGACAUUUUAUGAUCCAGAGAGCAUCUACAAUAACAAGUGCUCCGACUCCUGGCCCAAAUACGAUGUGACCCAUAUAUGCACUGGACAGACGCACAGCGGAGGAUUUCUGCGGCCUGCGCCCGCCGGCCGGCCCGUUCUACAGACCGCAGCACGUACAGACGGUCCACACUCUGUUGGGAUGGAAAAUAUUGGGACUGGACCUUAACCAACGUCUUUACCAAUGACUUCUCACGGAAACCAAUCCCUGUUACCGCACCCCAUCUGACCGGGGUCAAACUGACUCGGAACAAACUGGAUUGAACCGGUCCGGACCCGACCCGAACAGACGUCGUCCCCCCCCCCUUCCCCACGAAUAUCCUGUUCGCUAGUAAGAAAAUAAAAUAAAAAUCGUAGUACUGUAAACCCACCGAAUGAGUGAACUUCUAUCUAGAGGCUGUAACAAAGGAAACCAUCAUCACCAAUGCGUAAACUAGUACUCGGAUCGUUGACUCUGGCCGCCCCCCCCCCCUGUAGGUGUGUAUGUGGCUCCUCUACGUCACGGCCCCAGCCCGACCUGUUCUACGGGUUGGCGACCCGUGCCGCCGCUGUGAAAGACUCGACCGGCCCAGCUGGAAGCUCCUCAAGAAGGCUGUACUCAAACCACUGGAGGCCUGCACACCUAGCUACCACGGUGGUGCCAUCCAGCCCCCAUCCUCCCCCCUCUGGAAGAGAGAAGUCACUGACAGUGAGAGUGGGUCGAGCCUUACCUUGACCUUUUUUUUUUUUUUGUUUUGUUUUAACAUUUUGUUUCUUUUUAGUUCUUUUACUGUGUUGUGUGAGUGGAUCUCUGGCAUUGAGGGCAGCCGUUCUGUGGCCUCGUUUUACUGCACAAUGGAGAAGUAAUGUUUGACUGGGGCCUGGCGUUCAACCAGACAUUCAGGUCGUCCCCCCCCCCCCCCCCGCCCCCCCAUGUGAGGUUUUGCAUACAGCCAGUACUGUUCCAGUAGGACGUCCUUUUGUCUUUCUUUUGUUUUUCACCCCAAUGUCAGCAUUUUGCGUUCCUCAUAUGGGAUUGAAGAGUGUACAGUUUCACUGAGUCUUGAUGCUGUGACAGCAGCAGUGUUUCGUCAUUUAAAAAACAAACUCGCUGAAGUUCGUAUCUCCCUCCUUACACCCGAUAUCUCUCUCUCUCUCUCUCUCUCUCUCUCUGUCUCGAUCUGUCUCUCUCUCUUUCCCCCUCUCUCGCUCUCUCUCUCUCUCUCUCUCUCAGAACACUCUCUCUCUCUCUGUGAGACGGUAGAUCUUUUUUUCUUUUUGGGGGGGGGGGGGAUGAGAGAAACUGUACAGAUGUUCUCCUUGUUUAUAUUUGAACUGUGUGCCUUUUGUUCAUAAAAAUGUUUAUUUAUGUUAGUUUAAUGUAACAUUGAUUAAAAUAAAGAAUUAUAAAACAUAAAAAAAAACGA